CCUGCAUUUCAAACUUCAACGUAGCCAUUUUUCAUAAAGCGCCAUUUUUAUAGACGCUGCGUUGAGACUUCUGAUAUUUCUGGUUAAAUAUUUCCAAUAAAUAAUCGAAAAAUCGCAGUAACAAUGCGAAAAGAAAGUUUGAAGAAGAACAGCUCGAAUGGAGUGACUGAGGACACACAUAUUGAUAACGAUGCUGACAUAAAUGGAGGAGCGGUAAACGAUGCCGACGAUGCCGAUCCACUGCAAGGCGCUGAUCAACCAGCUUUAGAAAUCCCAAAGAAAAAGGGUCGCAAGAAGAAUGAUACGGUGACAGAAGUACCCGUACCCGUUGCUAGCAAUGACGAUGAUGGUAAUUACGAGGUCGAAGACAUUAUCGACCACAAAUUUGAAAAGAAAGUUCGUCACUUUUUGGUGCGAUGGAAGAAUUGUCCACCAUCCGACGACACCUGGGAACCGGAAAGCAGUCUUGAUUGUCCCGAUAUUGUUCAGAAAUAUUUGGAAAGUAAUCCUGAUGCCGAACAAGCGGCUGGAACAAGUCGAAAGAGAUCGGCCGCAAAGGAGAAAUCGUCUGCGUCUGAUGUACCGGCAAAGCGGUCAAGAGCGAAAAAUGCAACGUCGACUGCAAACGAUGACAAUGAUGACGAUGCAGCCAAUGGCGAUGAAGAGUAUGAGGUGGAAGACAUCGUCAAUCACAAAAUUGUACGUGGGAAAACUUCCUUUUUGAUUCGUUGGAAGAAUUAUGAUGCCAGUGGUGACACAUGGGAACCCGAGAGUUCUCUGUCUUGCCCGGAAAUUAUUGCCCGAUAUAGAGAAGAACACAUGAAGGAUGUCGUAGUUAAACCGAAACGGGAAAAAAGCACAAAGCCGAAAAAGGACAAAAGCGAAAAAGAGUACGAAGUACAGUUGAUCUACGACGAAAAAAUUGAGGACGGUGUCAAACACUACCUGGUUCGCUGGAAAGGCUACAAAAUGGACGACGAUACUUGGGAGCCCGAGAAUUCGUUGAACUGUCCCGAUUUGAUCAGCAAAUACCAGGAAUCGAAAAAGAACAAACGCACCAGCGGCGUACGCGGUACACCGAAAAAACUCACAUACGCUGAAGUCGAAGAAACGGAGGGCGAAGAUGACAAAAUAUUCGUGAAUGGUUCCAAAUCGAAGUCCAAAUCCAAAGGAAAUUCGAAAGCAGCGAAAGGGAAGAAGGGAGCAGCAGGAAAAGCAAAAUCGACCAAAUCGGCGAAGAAGGACGAUGACUAUGAGGUCGAGGACAUUGUCGGGGAGAAAAUUGAGAAGGGAAAGAAAUAUUAUUUCUUAAAGUGGAAAGGUUGGCCAUCAUCGAGCAACACGUGGGAGCUGGCCACGUCACUAAAUUGUCCGGAGGUUCUGAAGAAAUAUCAAUCCAAACAGAAAAACGCUCUGGAUUCCCCCGCAAAGUCCCCAUCGAAAGCAGCCAAAUCCAAAUCGGUCAAAAAAUCGUCGAAAUCCACUGCCACCAAGACAAAAUCGCCAGCAAAAAAAGCAAAGACCUCGUCCAAACCAGCCAAGGCGAAACCAGCAACGAAAGCGGCCAAGAAACAGGUGAUUGACGAUGCUGAACAGGACUGGGAAGUGGAGAAAAUCGUUGACGUUCAGUACAAUGAUGACGGGACGAAGAAUUUCCUUAUCCGCUGGAAGGGAUGCGAUCCGAGUCAAGACACCUGGGAGCCGGAAGAUAAUGUCGAUUCGCCAGAUUUGAUCGAAGCAUUUAUGAGCAAGACGGAUCCUUCAGACGAGGUACCGAAAAAGAAGAGCCGAAAGGCUUAAGCAUGUUUUAUUAAUGUCAGAUUUCAAUUUUUUGUUUAAAUCAAGGAAUAAUUUCUUGAGUAAGGAGAACAUCGAAUUUGGUGUUUGAUUUAUUUUUCCGAUUAGUUUCGAGCAUUUGAAUCCGUUGACUUUAAGCUACUACUUAUUUAGUAUAUGAAUAAGGUAUGAAUGUGAACAAAAAAAAGUCUUUCAAAUAAAGAGAUGAAAUGAAA